AUGACAACACAGGAAGAGAUUUCGAAUGUGUUUAACAGCGAAGGAAAGAUUCCUCAGAUUAAGUAUGGACUUGAGGCUGUGAAUCAUUCGCUGCCUGUGGUCACGGUUAGGUCGAAGGACAUGAUUGUGUGUGCAGCAAAGAGAAUUAUCCAAGACAAGCUUGAGGAUGAGUGCCUGUCGAAUUUUGAAAGGGUUUCUGAGCGGUGCUUUGUGUCGAUUACAGGGCUUCCUGGAGAUGUUGAGUAUAUUGUGCAGAGGAUGAAAAUGAUUGCGAACAGGGAGACUUUUUCUCUUGGAUUUGAAGUGACGCCUGAUAUUCUAUGCAUGCAGUUUGCAGACAAGAUGCAGAAGUUGAUACAGAGUUCUGCAGAACGGCCAGCAGCAUUUAGUGCGUCUAUAUUUGGGUUUCAUGGAAGGAAAGCGAUGAUUUAUCAGACCGACAUGUCUGCGAUUUACUAUCCGUGCUAUUCAACUGUGGUCGGAGAGAAGCAUGAGAAAAUGAGUAAGUAUAUUGAGAAGAGCUAUUCGGAAGAAGCAGACGACCGGGAGCUUGUUGAGCUGGCGGUUGGGGCGCUGCUUGAGUCGCUUGGAAGCGAUUCGAUAUGCUCUGAGAUGGAAGUUGCUUAUAUGAAUGCGGGAGGGUCAUUGAAGUACCUGAGCGCCGAGGAGGUUGAUCGAGUGCUGCAGGAGAUAGCAGAGAAGUAA